AUGCCAAGAACAGAGCAAACAGUUAUCAGGAGGAAGAAUGUUUUAGGCGGAGACUAUUUAGCUGCAAAUAUCGGUCAAGUUGCUGAAAAAACGUCCAAAGUAGUGGUCGACCGAUCAGCCCGAAUUCGAUCUGCGCUGGAACCUGGUGAAGAACCAGUACGAGUGAAUCCAGCAUUACGAUAUGGCAUACAUUACGUACACAAAGGCAGCAAACUAGUCGCUAAAUGUACCAAAUAUUUGCUGAACAAAAUUGGCGAUAUGGGGAUGUCAGUGGGGAAGACACUAGCUUCUGGAGCAGAGAAGCAUCUGGGUGAUGGUGAGGGUCGUGGUGUUGUGCAUGGUACCAUUUAUGUGCUGGGAAGUGGCAUCACCAGUGUUAGCACCGUUUGGCUGGCACUUGAAAAUGCAUCCAAAACAAUGGCUAGAAAUAUUGCCGAUGAAACGGUUGACACUUUACGAGCUGUCUUCUAG